UCCUCAUCUCUCCCUCUCUCUCUCUAAAAACCAAAUUCUCUUGUUUCUCUCUCUCACACACACAUAAGGGAGCACCAUCUUACAACUUUCUUCAUGUAAAAUCCUUCCAAACACCAAAGGCCAAAGAAUUCCCCCAUUACAUUGGAAACUCCUCCCAUUUUCCUCUCAUAAUCUCACCCCUUCAUCUUCCUAAAGCACAACCAAUACUCCCUCCUCUCUCUCUCUCUCUCUCUCUAAAACAAUGUCUCUUUCCUGUCACAAACUUCUCACAGAUAUCUACACAUUCUCCAGUGAUGAAGAUGGAUCCACCCCACUAGUUAUCUCAGUUCUUGCCUCUCUGCUUGAAAGGGCCAUGGCAAGGACUCAAAGGAUUCAAGUUUCCUCAAAUUCAAGCCUAAUUGCCGGAUUCCGAUCGUUCGAUUCUCAGCAUGGUUUAGAAAUCACUGUGCAAUCCUUCUUAGAAAGAAUUUUCAGGCACACACGUUUGAGUUCAUCUGUGUUUGUGGUCGCUUAUGCCUACAUUGAUCGCCUCUGCCAAUUUCAUCCUGGUUUUCGAAUCUCUUGCCGAAACGUUCACCGCCUCCUUAUAACCACUGUCAUGGUUGCCUCAAAAUUCGUUGAAGACAUGAAUUACAAGAAUUCAUACUUUGCAAGAGUGGGUGGGUUGAGAAUAAGGGAGAUGAAUGCCUUAGAGGUCGAUUUCCUCUUCUUGAUGAAAUUCAAGCUGCAAGUCUCAAUCAAGGUGUUUGAGAGUUAUUGUUCACAUUUAGAGAGAGAAGUGGCGAUGGGAGGAGGAUACCAAAUUGAGAGGACACUUAACAAGCUCAUGUGUGGUGGUGAGAUCGCCUCAAAAUCGCGGUGCGAAGAACACGAGCUCAAAAAGCGGCCGAGCAUUGUUGGAUAAUGGCCGGAAAAGGCCUCCCGCUCCGAGAAGUCGGUCCUCCUCGAAAAAUGGCUGCAAUGUAACAAGAUGCUCAGAAUACCAUCUCCAUUUCAGAGGCCCAAAUUAGAAGCAAGCAUUGGUUGAAGAGAGAGAAUUCAUGAAUUAAAUGGAAUUUUUAUGGAAAGAGGGAAGAAAUUGGCUCGGAAAAUGGAAGAUCUAGCUUUGGAAAGGAGAAUUAAGAGGAACGCAUGUAUAGGUUUUGGCGAUCCCAAUAUCCCAUUCGUGGGUGUAAAAGUAGCAAGUUUCAACGUAUUAAUGAAAUUAUAAGCACAAGUUUUUAAGUGUCU